UCUUUGUAGUGAGAGCGCAACAUUUGUCACUCAGCGUCUGAGCAACUUCAGUGACACCACCAGGAAAGGUCUCUGCUGGUCCAAAUGGCACGCUUCCCACGAGUGGCAUCUUUUUUUCUCUUUCUGACUAAGCUCAGCACUGCCCAGAGAGAAGUAACAGUUCAGAAAGGACCGCUGUUCAGAGCUGAAGGUUACCCCAUUAGCAUCGGCUGCAACGUAACUGGCUACCGGGGACCUUCUGAGCAGCAUUUCCAGUGGUCUGUUUACCUGCCGACAGCCCCGACCCAAGAAAUCCAGAUCAUUAGCACCAAGGAUGCCACCUUCUCUUAUGCAGUGUAUGCACAGCGGGUGCAAAGUAAGGAAAUCUACGUGGAGAAGGUCCAGGGUAACUCAGUCUUUUUGCACAUCGCCAAGCUCCAGAUGAAGGAUUCCGGCGAGUAUGAGUGUCACACACCCAACACUGAUGGAAAAUACUAUGGGAGUUACAGUGCAAAGACGAAUCUAAUUGUCAUUCCAGAUACCCUCUCUGCUGCCAUGACUUCCCAGACUCUCAGUAAGGAGGAAGGUGAGCCAUUGGAACUUACCUGUGAGUCAUCCAAAGCCACAGCUCAACAUACUCACCUCUCUGUCACCUGGUACCUGAUGCAAGAUGGAGAAAGAAGCCAAGCCAGCAAGAUUGUUUCCCUCUCCAAAGAUUUUAUGCUGCUCCCUGGGCCCUUGUAUACAGAGAGGUUUGCAGCUGGUGACGUGCGGCUCGACAAGCUUGGGGUCACUACCUUCAGGCUGUCCAUAGGGAGACUUCGGCCCUCAGAUCAGGGUCAGCUGUUCUGUGAGGCAACUGAAUGGAUUCAGGAUCCGGAUGAAACCUGGACUUCCAUCACGAAAAAGCAGACAGAUCAAACAACUCUGAAGGUCCAUCCAGCAGUGAGAGAUUUUCAAGUCAACAUCACGGCUGAGAGCACGGUUCCUGAAGGAAAACCCUUAGAACUGGUUUGCCUGGUCAUGGGCGGUGGCCGGGACCCACAGCUUCAUAGCACUUGGUUCUUCAAUGAUAUUGAAAUGGCCCACAUUGAUGCUGGUGGAGUUCUGGGUCUGAAGAAAAACUAUCAAGAAAGAGCAAGUCAAGGACAGCUCCAGGUUUCAAAGUUAAGCCCCAAGUCUUUCUCUCUCAAGAUCUUCUCUGUGGGGCCAAGGGAUGAAGGUGCCUACAGAUGUGCCGUGGCGGAGGUGACAAGAGCUCAGAUGGGCUCCUGGCAGGUGCUCCAGAAAAAACAGUCACCAGACAGCUACGUGCACCUGAGGAAGCCAGCAGCAAGAUAUGUGGUCAUGUCUACCAAGAACAGGAAGCAAGCAGUGUGGGAAGGAGAGGCGUUAACCCUUCUCUGCAAGGUAGGUGGAGCUAAAAGUCUCCUGUCCGUGACCUGGUGGCACAUCCCACAAGACGAGACAGAGCCGGAGUUUGUGGCUGGAAUGGGGCAGGACGGCACCAUGCAGCUGGGUGCCUUCUACGGGCAACUCGAUAAGCACAGCAACACAAGGCUGGAGAAGACGGACUGGGACACCUUCCAGCUGGAGAUCACCUCCACCACCAUCACAGACAGCGGCAUGUAUGAGUGCAGGGUGUCUGAGAUGCCCCGGAGCAAGACCAGAGAUCAGAGCUGGGCUCAGAUGUCAGUCACUGUAAAACCUCUGAAGUCAAGUUUUCAUGUUAGUCUGAUGAGCCGUCAACCACAAGUGAAAUUAACCAACACCUUUGACCUGUCCUGCAUAGUGGGUGUUCGCUACUCUGACCUCAAGGUUCUACUCACCGUGACAUGGCAGUUCCAGGCAGCUAGAUCUCGAGCCUUUGAUCUGCUUCUUCGAAUCACCCAUAAUGGCACUAUUGAAUGGGGGAACUUCCUACCCCAGUUCCAAAAGAAGACAAAGGUUUCACAGUCUUUAUUUCGUUCUCAACUCCUAAUCCAUGAUGCCACCGAGGAAGAAGCAGGAGUUUAUCAGUGUAAUGUAGAAGUUUAUGACAGAAGUUCCCUACACACAAACGGCCCCGUGAGGGCUUCUGCCAUCUCUCACCCAUUGAGGAUCACUGUCACUUUACCAGAGAGCAAGCUGAAAGUGAAUUCAAGUAGUCAAGUCCAAGAGAUCUCCAUCAACUCCAACACAGACAUAGAGUGUAACAUCCUGUGCCAAUCCACUGGAAACCUUCAGUUGGCUGUUACUUGGUACUUCUCUGCCACGUCCACUAAUGCACCCUGGCUGAGGAUCCUGGAAAUGGACCGAACCCACGUAGUAAAAUACGGGGAUGAAUUUCAGACCGCAUGGAGAAAACAAAAAUUCCACGCCGAGAAAGUUUCCCAAGACUUGUUUCAGCUACACAUUCUGAACGUGGAAGACAGCGAUCAGGGCAAAUAUCGCUGCGCUGUGGAGGAAUGGCUCUGGUCUACAAAUGGCACUUGGCACAAGCUUGGAGAAAAGACAUCAGGUCUAACAGAAUUGAAACUCAGGCCCACAGGAAGUAAGGUACGCAUCUCCAAAGUGUCCGGGACAAAAAAUGCCUCCGAGCACAGCGAGGUGGCCAUCCGCUGCAGCCUGGAGAGUGCGGGCAGCCCAGCCUCCCUGUUCUCUGUGAUGUGGUACUGGAACAGAGAAAAUUCUGGAAAUAAAAUGCUGGUGCACCUGCAGCAUGACGGCUUCCUGGAGUAUGGCGAAGAGGGGCUCAGGAGGCGCCUGCACUGUUACCGUUCAUCCCCUGCAGACUUUGUCCUGAUGAUACAUCGAGUGGAGAUGGAGGAUGCUGGAAUGUACUGGUGCAGGGUGGCAGAGUGGCAGCUACACGGCAACCCAAGCAAGUGGGUCAGCCAAGCAUCAGACGAGUCACAGCGUGUGGUGCUCACGGUGCUGCCUUCAGAGCCCACGUUUCCUUCCAGGAUCUGCUCGUCAGCACCUUUACUCUAUUUCCUCUUCAUCUGCCCCUUCCUUAUGCUCAUCCUUCUGUUCAUUUCCCUCCUCUGCCUGUACUGCAAGGCCAGGAAGUUGUCAACUCUGAGCCUAAGCAUACAGAAAGAAAAGGCCCUCUGGGUGGACCUGAAAAGGGCUGGAAGCAGGGCCGCACACAGAUUGGAAGAGGACGGUGAAGACAGUUGAAUCCCGAGAGGCGCCUGCAGCCCUGUGGAAAGAGUGCGGACUUUGAAACUGGACUGACCAGGAGAGGAGUGCCCCCUGCCUCUGUCCUCCUCUGAGUCUGCGGCCUGGGGCGAGGUACCUAGGACUCAGAGGGAACAUUUAUUGAGCGCGUAUGUGGUGCCAGAAACCGUUAAGUGUUUCUUCACGUGUCACCUCAUCUACCCAUCGCAUCCCCCACAGGAGCUAGGUGACUCCGUUACACCGUCUUCCGCUUGCCACACCUCACAGGGCUUAGGUUCUGCGUCCAUAGAUCUGUAAGGAGAGGAGUACCUCCCUCACGCAGCUGCUGGGGAUUAAAUGAGAUCCCACGGCAGAGCCCAGGGCGAUGCUCCCCUCUCUUAUGUCACUGAUUCCCUGGACAACACUCAGUGUUGGAGCCACACACUGGCUCCAGGUAACCUUUUGCCUCCAGAUAAGACACGUAGGAAAGGACCUGAUGCCAGCAAGGAAACGGGGUUGGGACUAUGCCCUUCAUUCACAUCAAAUUUGCCUCCCAAUCAGACUGUGGCUUCCUUCAAGGCAGAAAUCCCAUUUUCUCCUCCACUCCAUCUCCAUCCCAUCUAUAAAUGCCACUGACGAGCAAGCUCUGCAUAGUAGGUGCUUCAUCAGUAUCGGUUCUUUAGUGAAAGGAUAAGGUAUUUUGUAGCCAGACUUUCUUUCCUUUUUUUUUUUUCUUUCUUUUCUCCAUAAGACUUAUUAAGUCAUUG